AUGACAUCCACAACAACGGGCAAGAAGCGCGAGCGAGACCCCGAUGCCGAUGCCGAUGCCGAUGUCGAUGCGGCGGCUGCUGCUGCUGCUGCUGCUGCCUCGACCACCAAUUUUCGGAAUGUAUCCGCCUGUAAUCGAUGUCGGAAUCGAAAAGUACUCCACCACCCAUACGUUAUAUAUAUAUAUAUAUAUAUAGCAGCGGACAUCGCGAUCAUCAACGCUGACCACUGCCUCAGAACCGAUGCGAUCAGAAGCUACCGAAAUGCACCAACUGCGAAAAGGCCAGUGUGAGAUGCGUGGGCUUCGACCCGGUCAGCAAGCGCGAGAUCCCGCGCAGCUAUGUCUACUACCUGGAGACCCGCGUCAACAACCUGGAAUCCCUCCUCCAGGCGCAUCAUCUUGCAUAUCCCCCUCCGAGUGACGACUUUGCCAUCAGCGACGCCAUCAAGCCCGGCGUCAAUGUUCCCUUUCCCGUGCAGGAUGACGAAGGUGCCGCCGCGUCGGGACCUCCAAGUCGACAGCAGAAUGCUAUCAAGCAGGAGGUCGAUACCGAGCCCGGGCCAGUGCUGGAUCCCGCUCUGGCGGAGCGCGACAAGGGGGAGAGGCCGGAGAAGUUGGUGAACAACAUUGGCAUGGUCUCGGUGCAGGGGACUUCGGACUCGAGAGUGCUGGGCUCAGCGUCGGGCAUUUCCUUUGCGCGCGUCGUCUUCGCGGCUGUGAAGCGCUCGACGAACCCGGCAUCCACACCUUCAGACAGAGGAGGCAGCAAGUCUGCGAAAGCAGCGCCAGCUGAAGCGGCGAGCGGUGGUGGGACGAGCAUGCGAGACUCCUUCUUCGGUCUGCACUCCAAGCCUACCAUCAAGCCUGCUCCAUUCCCGGACAAGGAACUAGGCAGCCGACUCGUGGAGCUGUAUUUCGAACACGCGAAUCCUCAGAUUCCAGCAUUGCAUCGUGGCGAGUUCAUGGCCUUAUUCGACCGGGUCUACGCUACGGAUGCAAAGAAACCCACACCCAGGGAGCUAUAUUUCCUGAACAUCGUCUUUGCCAUUGGGUCCGGCAUUAUCAUGGACUCUUCACACGUCGCGCAAACGGGAGCCGCUACUGAGAAGUCGAAUGAGACGUCCGAGCCGCCGAGUAAGAAGAGACAGAGACUCGCCAGUCAGCAGCAUCAACCUGAGCAGUACCACUCGUCGGCCAUCAUCCAUCUGGAGAGCUUUCUGGGAUCUUCGCCUACGACGGAAGGUGGUGGCGGUGGGCUGGAAGAGCUGCAGGCUGUCAUUCUGUUGGCUUCGCUUGCUUUGCUGAGACCUGUUGCUCCGGGGUUAUGGUACAUCAUCGGGGUUGCCGUCCGACUGAGCAUCGACCUUGGCCUGCACGUGGAGGACAUUGAUCACGACCUCGAUUCGCGGCCGACGCAUCCAGACACCGGUGAGCCGGCCGCAAGUGGACUUGGACGCAAGCAGUGGACCCGAGAUCUGCGCAGAAGAUUGUGGUGGUGCGUCUUCAACCUGGACAGGCUGGUUUCGUCAUGUGUGGGAAGACCGGUAGCCAUCAGUGAGUCUGUCGUGACGAUAGAAUUCCCGAGCAUGCUCGACGAUGCGUACAUCACGCCUGCUGGAUUCCUGAAGGCUCCUCAUGUUGAAGAAGUGCCUAGCUAUAAGCUGAUCUCGCGUCACUAUGUGCGGCUCAGGUUAUUGCAGUCCGAGAUUCUCCAGGUGCUUCAACACCGACAGGCAGAUUCGGCACGACAGAUGGGUGCACAUGCCUCCAACGACUUCGUGCAGUCGGGACUGGAAUCCCCUUUCCUUCGUCAACAUCGGUCGUUCCGGGAUUGGCGAGCGCAUCUUGAUCUCAAGCUCUGGGAGUGGAAAGAGAGCGCACCACAGCCAUUCCACACCGGCGUCGCGUUCAAUCCGUUGUUCUUUGAAUUGAACUACUGGCAGGCUGUCAUCAUGCUAUACAGGCAGUCGCUCUCAGUGCCGGAACCACUCGCCAACGAGUUGAGCCCGGCCACUGGCGAGGAUGUGCACAGCCCUGGCUCUGUCAACAUGGAACAGGAAGAAGACCAACAGAUUGUCUUCCUGAAAGUCGCCCAAGCCGGCCAGACGGUGCUGAAGAUCUACCGACAGCUUCAUCGAUUAAAACUUGUCAACUACACCUUCUUGGCCACGCAUCACCUGUUUAUGAGCGGUGAGUUUUCAUGUAUGAGUGUUUCCGGGAGUCAGUACUGAUACACGAGUAGGAAUCUCUUUCCUCUACGCCAUCUGGCACUCCACCCUGGUGCGUUCUCAACUGACCAUCGAUGAUGUCGAUUUCACCGGGCUGGCCGCAACAUCCGUUCUCAGUGAUCUGGCGGAGACGUGUCCGCCCGCGGAAGCCUGCCGAGACGCUUUCAUGCGCAUGAGCAAAGCCACGAUUUCCAUGGUCAUGAGCACCACCGGGUUUGGCAAUGCCUCCACUCUAGGCACCCAACCACUCAACAGCCCCGAAGGCUACUUCCACCACACACGAGCACCGUCACAACAACCGCCACAGCCGCGCAGACCCAUGCCCAAAUUCGACAUGAACCUCAAGGACCUGUUCUCCGAGGAAGAAAUCGCCGGCCGUCCGCGUCCAAGCCUGACGCAUCAGCCGAAGACGGAACGUCGCCAGCGACCACAGGGAUUCCGCCUCCAACACCACCACCCGCCGCCGCUGCCCCCUUCUCCCUCGCAGCAGCAGCAGCAGCAGCACCAGGGACAACCGUCUUACACCAGCCCCGUGACACCCUACAAUAAUAAUCCCUCACCUUCUUCUUCGUCCUAUCAACAACAACAACAACAACAACAACAACAACAACAACAACAACAACAACAACAACAACAACAACAACAACAACAACAACAACAACAACAACAACAACAACAACAACAACAACAACAACAACAACAACAACAACGAGAAGCUUCUCCCUACCCAAACCACCAACCACCGCCCACUUUCCCCGCCGACUACACCCUCGACGACAAUCUCGAUUUCCUCGCCGACUUCUCCCCCUCCUCGCUCGAUCCCACCUGGGCGUCGUCCCUGACGCAACAGACCUCCACCACCCCCAACCACCACCACAACAACCACAACAACAAUAACAACAUCUCCGACGGCUUCGAUCUGACUUUCGGCAGCGGCGGCACGACGGGCUUCGAAGCUUGGGAUGCCAAUGGUGA